CCCUGGCCCAGUCAGAGGCGUUCCUAGUGGACCUUUUGGAUAAAGUGUGUAUGCGAAUGAACGAUUACCAGCUGGAGGACGACCCAGUGACCAAGCAGAAGUAUUUCAGGAGAUACGCUCCGAGAAAGGGAGACAAAAUAUACAAAGAAUAUAAAAAGUUCUUCUUUUAUUCUGAUGCCUUCAAACCUUUGAAAUUCGCGUGCGAAGCCAUCAUUGAAAAGUAUGAGGAUGAGAUUUUUGCACUUAUCGCCCAGGAGGCACACCAUCUAGCUGACAUGUUGUGCAAUGAAAAAUCAGAUCUGUGUGGAACGCCAACCAAUGAUCCUGAACCCUAGGAGUGAGGAGUGGAGUCACCGCCCCGAAGGUCACUGUGCGCCUGACGUCGUGUGACUGCCGUGAUAAGGGGUUUCAUCUCAUGUCUGCUGUACUUGUCUCAUGCGUGAUAUUGGUUUGAAAAUCUCUGACUUGGCAUCAUGACAAACCCCAAGUCAUCUCUUAGGUGGAAAGGAGUUUAUAAAACUAAACACCCCUGUGCAUAUCUGGACGGAAGCUGGGUCGGCAAUAGAGCAUUACAUUUAGCUGUGGGGGAAAAAGGUGAAGCCAUUUCUUAGAGUCAGUAGGGGUGUAAGAGUGGGUAUGAGUGUUUCAUAGCAAAUGUGUCUGACACGUCCUUAUACGGUUUGCUUGUCUGUAAAGAACUUGGUAUGAUUUCUCAAAUAUUUGUUCUACUACAAAUUCAAGGUAUCCACUUGCAACUAAUGCCAUGGGUUGGUUAUUCUGGAAAGUUCUGUAUGGUACUUGUAAAUUCACUCCUCUCAAUCGGAAAUGGAUCUUACAGAUCUGGACACUCUAAAAUAGAACUUUAUCCCUAAGAUUCAGUAGAAUGAGCUGGGCGGUGGUGGUGCAUGCCUUUAAAUCUCAGUACCUGGGAGGCAGAGGCAGGCAGAUCUCAGUGACUUUGAGGCCAGCCUGGUCUACAAAGUGAGUUCCAAGACAUCCAGGGCUACACAGAGAACCUGUCUCAAAAAAAAAUGGUUAAUUCAUUAAAAAUAAAUUAAAAGAUUUAGGUGAACAGCUAAAGGAGUGGGAAUGGCUAGUGCUAUGGUGACUGGCAUCAUGCCAUCUUUCCUGGUUACACUGUACGUUCAGAUGAUUCCCAAGGCUACUUGUAGUGGGUUUCAAAAGAUACAGUGCUGAGGUUUUUGUUUGUUUGUUUUUUGUCUUGCUUGACUCUCUUGGUUUGUUUUUCCCUCACCAAUCAUAGUGUGGAGAUUUUCCUACCUCCUGAUUUCUCACUCUCCUAUGGGACUUUUAUUUAUGUAUUUAUUUUUGGACGGGGAAGGAAAUUCACCUUUACCACAGUAUAACGAAAUGUAGUAACAGUUACUGCUGCGUGUUCUCAUUGUCUCUGCUAAAUUUGCAUUCAGUGGAAUUGAACUUUAAUUAUUCAGCACGUGAGCAUACAGGUUACACCUGUUUAAUUAAUGAAAUUUUCAUCAUCAGUGAGACUUGCGUGGGUAACAGGCAAAUUUUGUACUGGAAGAUCUAAAAUGGUUGUUUAUAAAACCAUCCAGAAAUUAUACAAUUCAGGUCAUUCUCUGGGUUCCUCGGCCAGAAUAAUCCUUACCUUUGCAAAAAUUUACCAAAAUGAAGGAAAGAGAUUUCUAUUUUUUUCAUUCUGCCUAGUAUUAUUCAGUCUUAAUGUCACUUGUUUAUCUUGGAAUCUGAGAAAGUGUGCUUUUGCAAUGUGUCUGUGGCUAGCGGUGUUAUAGGCCCUCUGCAACUGUGAGAUUCUGUGCUGCAUACUAUAACCCUGAGAUUCUGUGCUCCACACUAUAACCCUGAGAUUCUGUGCUCCACACUAUAACCCUGAGA